AGGAUUAUUGUACAUAUAUGUGCCCCAAAUAAUCUCUUAAUAUUAAUAUAGCAUUUGAAAGUAAACAUAGAAAACGUAAAGGAGAAAGGAAGAGGUCUAAAUAGUACCUGACCUUCCCAGGCCGUGUACAUCAUAACCAAAUACUGACCAUAACAAGAUCGUAAGAGGCAAAUACAGAAAACAUCCCCAUAAUAGAAGCUGCAAAAAGCACUUUGAAUUUAUCAAAAACUUCAGAACACAAUGAAAUAUGGGACGACACAGCACUAAUUGAAGCUUAUGACAGAGCAGUGAGUCAAAUGAAAGAAGUAAUUUCAAAGAAAAAUAAGAAUCAAGUUCCAGAAGAUGAAAAAAUAACUGGAAGAAAAAAGAACAAGAAAAGAGGAAAAGGGAAGCGAAAACCAAAACAGUGGAAAUUGGGAGACUACUGUCAGGCAGUAUUUUCUGAAGAUGGACUUCUCUAUGAGGCAUGUGUCAUGAGUACUAAUGAACAAGAAGGAACAUGUGUUGUUCACUUUGUUGGGUAUGGUAAUGAGGAAGAAGUUCGAACUGAAGAUCUCCUUGUAUCUCAAGGAAAGCAUGCAAGAGCACAGCAGGAACUUGCAGCCCAGGGUUGUUUUGCUGAUAACAUUGAAAUGGAGAACCAUAGUGAGGGUAUGGAAUGGAUUGGAACCAGAUAUGGAUCUCUAAAGUCUGGAAAAAAACCUGCAAAGAAACCCAAGAAAGGAACUGUGUCACAUUCUGGAGAAAAUAAUCCAUAUUUACAUCAAGCUAAUGGUUUUCAUCAUCAAUCAUUUAUGCCACCACAUGCAUGUCGUACAGGUUUUCAGGGUUUCAGUCCAGCUCGGCAAUGUACUAAUCAACUCCAUGGGCCAUCUUCAUCGUUUAUUCCAGAUAUUCCACCACCACCCCCUUUUCCUUUGGAUGAUGAAGGUGUCACAGAUGAUGAAGCUCUAGCUUCAAUGCUGAUGUCAUGGUAUAUGAGUGGAUACCAUACCGGUUACUAUCAGGCCUUACGACAAAUGCGUUCUGAAAGCUGUGAAUGUCAAGGACAUAUUGACAAAAAAUGUUGUCUUCAUUGUUCAUCAUGAAUUAUUGUAUUUCUAAAAAAAUCAGUUCUGUCAAGUUUUUACUGAAAUCACACUGAUUCAUGUAAAGUAAUAUUCUUGCAAGUUCUUCAAGAAAAAAUUAUGCAGAUUAUGUAUUUUUUUUUUUCAUAAAUAAAAAAAUGUGUGUUUUUUAUCAA